AUGGUGCCCGGCUACCAUUUACAGCAUAGUGAUGGGGAGUUACUCAGCGAUGUUAGUAGUUACAGAAGGCUCAUUGGUAGACUUUUAUACCUCACCGCCACUAGGCCAGAUAUCACAUAUGAUGUACAUCAACUGAGCCAGUUCAUUGAUGCCCCAACCGAUAAACAUAUGAGUGCUGCCCAUAAAGUCCUCCGGUACAUCAAAAGUGCGCCUGGGCAAGGGCUGUUCUACGCCAAAGGGGAUGACUUGCAACUCAAUGUCUUCUCAUACUCGAAUUGGGCCUCAUGUAUCGAAACACGACGCUCUAUAACAGGCUAUUGCAUUUUUCUCGACUCCGCUAUUAUCUCUUGGAAAUCAAAGAAGCAAGUGACAGUCUCACGUUCAUCCUCCGAGGCAGAAUACAGAGCGCUUGCCUCUACUGUUUGUGAAGUUCAAUAG